AGUCACCAGCUGCAAGCUUUGGGAGGGGCACCACCGCUCAACUUAAAUCAGGGUCGCGUGGGAACUUGCCUGCCGGAGAUGAACUAAUUCUCUAAGUAAUCAAACUAACUAGUAGGAAUUAUUACCUACUAGAAUGAUCACCUAAUGAGAAAAAAAGGGGCAAAUACUCAAGAUGGUGUGUAGUGCGUUGUGAUGGUGGUGGUGCGUGUGUGGUGGUGCUACCGUCUACGUGAUCUAGAGGGGUCGUUGCAGAAAAAAAAAAGGGAUCACCCAGACAAUAAAGGAGGGAGGAAAAGACACGAAACCGCGGGAAGCAGCAGCAGCUUGCUCCAUAGUCAUCUUCAGAAAACUCUUCGAACUCAGAGAGUAUCUUCGUGGUCCAUCACCUCCUUCCUCUACCUCUUCCUCUCCCUCUGCAUCGAACUGCCCAGCUAUCUGUGUCUUCGUUUCUUUUCAAAGACCUUACCCACUGUGAUGUCUAUCAAAGAGAGUGGAACUAUCCGAUGAACAUAUUGUCAGUGGACUCCUUAUCCAGUCGAGCUAAUGGCUUCCAUUCUCCUUCUAGAACAAUUCAACUCCUUAAUCAAUCG